CAAGUUGAAAGUUCUAUGUUCGCAGAGUAUGCCUCAUCUGCCGUCAUCCAGCUGUCUCGCUGCGCUGGAGGAGCUGGGCCACCACGGGACACUUGCAGCAGGGAACACCUCAGAGCUGCCCUCGUCAUGGCGGCACCGGGCUUAUUUGAUCUGGAGUUGCAGGAGGAGGACGCCAUCGAGUGUGACCAGUCCGAUGACGACGCGAUUGAAGUGGAGGAGAGCCAGUAUGAACAAGGCCCAGAUAUGAAUGCAAUUCUCCAGGCUGAGGGAAUUGAGACCCUACAGUUGUCUGACAGCACAGUUAAUCCAGGCAGAGAGAAGGUCCGCCCCUCAGAUUUCCAGUUGUUGAAGGUUCUUGGCAAAGGUGGAUAUGGCAAAGUCUUUCAGGUUAGAAAAAUGACAGGUGGCAGAGGAGGUGGCAAGAUCUUUGCCAUGAAGGUCCUGAAAAAGGCCACAAUAGUACGUAACCAGAAGGAUACAGCGCACACAAAGGCUGAGAGAAACAUUCUUGAAGCUGUCAAGCAUCCCUUCAUUGUGGAUCUGGUAUAUGCUUUUCAAACGGGUGGCAAGUUGUACCUUAUCUUGGAAUACCUGUCUGGUGGAGAGCUUUUUAUGCACCUGGAAAGAGAGGGAAUAUUCAUGGAGGACACAGCUUGUUUUUACAUUUCCGAGAUCAUACUGGCUCUGGAACAUCUCCAUUCCGAGGGCAUCAUCUACAGAGACUUGAAACCAGAGAAUAUACUACUGGACUCCUUUGGCCAUGUGAAGCUUACAGAUUUUGGAUUAUGCAAAGAAAAGAUUCAGGAUGACUCUGUGACUCACACCUUCUGUGGAACCAUUGAAUACAUGGCACCAGAGAUCCUCACUCGUACCGGCCACGGGAAGGCAGUGGACUGGUGGUCUCUUGGAGCACUCAUGUAUGAUAUGUUGACGGGUGCGCCACCCUUUACAGCAGAGAAUCGAAAGAAGACAAUUGAGAAGAUUCUAAAGGGGAAGCUGAAUCUGCCACCUUACUUGACACCAGAUGCACGAGACCUCAUUCGUAAACUGCUUAAGCGUCAGGUUAGCCAGCGAUUGGGCAGUGGACCAGAUGAUGGGGAGCCCAUCAAAAGACAUCUUUUCUUCAAGCAUAUUAACUGGGAUGAAGUUAUCAACCGGAAGUUGGAUCCUCCAUUCAAACCAGUACUAAGUGGUGAGGAUGAUGUGAGCCAGUUUGACAGCAAAUUCACAAAACAGACACCAGUUGAUUCCCCUGAUGACCACAUGCUCAGUGAGAGUGCCAACAUGGUCUUUGAGGGUUUCACAUAUGUGGCACCAUCAGUGUUAGAGGAAAUGGCUCGGCCAAGUGUGGUGAAAGCACGCUCUCCACGCAAGCCAUUCACUCCUAAUUCUGGGGGACCUUUCUCCCCAAGAUCCAUCCAGAACCCUUUCAACUUCACUAAUGGUGCUGAUAGCUCUUCUUCAAUCCCUCAUUAUGAGCAAAUGGAUACCAGCAACUCCACUCCCAUGUCAAAUAACCAGCAGCAGCCCUCACACAGCCACCACCAGCAAGACCGGAGGCUACAGCAACAGCAGCAGCAGCAACAGCAGCAACAACAGCCUGUAUGGAAUUGGAAGCAUUAACAUUCUCAGAAUUAGGUGAAAAUUUUUAGUGGAUCCCUCUGCUGCUCAGUGUGUGUGAAUUGUAGACUUUGUGCUGAUAACUUGUGUGAGAAAAGCCCAACUAUUACAAAUAGAAAUGGGGCAUGAGAAGAGAAAUGAAUGUGUUGAUUUGGGGUUUGGUCUAUGCAAGAUGUUUAGUCACAGAUCUGUUGAUCACUUCUGAAAAGGUUGCUCUAAUUAUAAUUAGGCUUCAUAUGGAUAGUAAUGGCAUUUGCAUUUUUUGUGAAUGAGAUAGGUUUUACCAAGCUGAAUUGCCAUUAUAAUCCCUAAUUACAGUUGAAGUGAAAGCCUUGAGUGGGAAAGAAAACAGCAUGUGAACUGUGAAUGUAUAAGUAUCAUUCAUGUACUGGGCCUUACAUAUACUCUUAAGAUAGCCUUAAUAUUUAAUCAUUUUGAUGGAUACAUGAGGCUAUUACAAGUUCCUCUUUAUGGGCACAUGUAUAACACAUUGUUUGUCAUCAUAAUUCAGUAAUCUUUGUGUGUGUACAUUUCAGACCCUUCAGUUUAGUCUAUUGUGAUCUUGUCUUAUUUGCCAUGGAGCUCACUCUUCACAGUUUGUGAGGCUCAUUAGUGUUUAGCUGCCUUCAGUGAGGCUGAAAAUUGGUCAUUUGUAAAUAAUUGCUCACAUAACAUUGCCAAAAAAUAGUAGUGUAUAGCUUGAAGAUAAUGAUGGAAAUUUUAGAAAUUUAGAAAAUUGUGUACUCAAAGCUAAGCAAGCAAAUUUUAUUUCUUAAAGAGAGUUUCACAUGAUUCACUUGCAUAAAAUAUUGAAAAUAGAUGAUUAGAUUGAUCAAAUUAUUUACUGUGCCAUGCAGUGGUAUUGAACAUAUAGACAUAUAUAUUACUAGUUAUAUAUAGCCAAAAUGUUACAGUAGUCUAGGUCUAGUAUAAUGCCUUACAAGCAUGUAGCAGCUAACUGAAGCCCUGGCAGGAGGUGACAACUUACCCCAGUGUUGCUCGAGAACAGUUUGACGGUUGACAACUAACCCCAUACUUCAUUACCUUAGUAUAGGAUUUGUUUUUGUGAUUGGUUUGUGGAUUAAUGUCAUGAAAUUAUAAUCAUUAUUUUUUUUUUCUCACUUUUCUCACAUUAAGAUUAAUUUCCUCACAACUUUAUAUGAAUGCAUCAUAAUGCAGUACAUGAUGCAAUGUAGGGAAAUACAUAUUUUCCUCCAUAUAUUAUUGCAAUCACCCAUAACAUAUUGGGACUUAUUUAUUAUAGAGCUGUGGAGAGUGUAGAUAAGUGUGUAUAUAGUGUAUGUGGUUGACCUUGACCCACUUAAUCCUUGAAAAUGUUUGCUGUGAUCAUGCUGGUAAUCCUGCAUCAUUUUACUGAGGCACAAGUUCCACAACCCAGUGUGGUUUUAUUUGUGAAAUGUUAUCCUGCCUGAUGAUACUUUUUUUUUUUUCUCUUGCUUUAAAAAGAAAAGUUUUUACAAACACAAAGUGAAUACUAAAUUUUAUUUGCACAUUGGUAAGUUUCAGUUUAACAGAUCAUUCUCCGCAUUAUGAAACAUGCAUCAUUUAUUAUGGGCUGAAUUUCUCAAAAAUCUUAUUAUAGAUAAGAAAGCUUUUAUUUAGCUUAAAUUUUCUAGUUCUUCCAAAGAUGGUUGAUAUCAGUGUGAUGUGAUGUGUCUUAAGCCAUUAAUGGGUGGCCUACUCUUAGCUUGGUGGCCGGCCAUCUCAUGGAGAUUAAUAUGACUUUUACAAGUUCUGCAACAUGAAAGAUAACUUUUCUAAAGUCUUGGAUUUACUUGAUUAUUAUUUACUUUUUUCUUCUUUUAUUUGCUACAUUUUAUUGGGAGUAACAGAUUACCUAUGCAAGAAUGUUGUGCAGUCUUGUAUAUUUAUAAGAAUACUUUCUUUGUUUGAAAAUUACCCUGCAAAGUAAUGCAUUAGUUGAUGAAAGAUACUUGGACAUUGGUGCUCUGAUGUGGCUCCUUGAUAGCUUUGUUAUUACUUCAUCACUGAUUUAACUUUAAUGGACUUGUUUUUACUAAUGUUUUGCUUUCUAGCUUCUUUUGACAUUUUAAUCCAUACUAACCAGUAUAAUACUGCAGUACUCCAAAGCCAACAUUCUCUAGAAGAAAUGUAACAUGCAGUUAGGGUUCAAUAUUAACAAUAACAUCUACCUUCCUGCUUAAGGAUGAAAUUACAUUAACACUAUCCAUCAUGCCUUGUGUGGGGUGGAAACUUGGAGGAGGUUAUGCUGUGAAACUUGGUAUUACUGACAAGUCUAAGGAAAAAUAAAGAUACGUUUGCUUUUGUGGUAAAAUAUGGUGCCUGAUCCUAGGUAACCCAGUAGUGAGUUAUUGCAGUACUACCAAGGAUAAAUGCAGAUGUAUAGCUUGUUGAAUGGCUAUGCCAGUAUUUUUGGACAGCCUGAAAAGAUUAUUUAAUACAUUUAUAAAAAAAAAUGUUUAUGAUAAGAGGUGUUAUUCUCCAGUGUGUGUGUGUGUGUGUGUGUGUGUGUGUGUGUGCGUGCGCGUGUGUGCAUGCAUGUGCAGUACAUGCAUACACACAAGUAUGAAAGUGCAUGCUUGCAUGUACUGUUUAUAAGCUCAUCCAUUUCUAGAAAAUAAAAUAACUGAAGAAAAAUUAUGAUGCCAGCAGUUCACUAAGAGACCUACUCCACACACACCCUCCCUCCCUCCAUUCCAACCUCCCCUCCACCCUGGUUCUCUCUCUCUCUCUCUCUCUCUCUCUCUCUCUCUCUCUCUCUCUCUCUCUCUCUCUCUCUCUCUCUCUCUCUCUCUCUCUCUCUCUCUCUCUCUCUCUCUCUCUCUCUCUCUCUCUCUCUCUCUCUCUCUCUCUCUCUCUCUCUCUCCCUCUCUCUCUCUCUCUCUCUCUCUCUCUCUCUCUCUCUCUCUCUCUCUCUCUCUCUCUCUCUCUCUCUCUCUCUCUCUCUCUCUCUCUUCAUAUUAAAACUUUAUUAUAUCCUAGAAAUUGCCUUAAGCUAUUAAUUUGACAAUGGGCUCUGGAUAAGAAUUUAAACUUAAAAAUGCAAAUGGGGUGAAAAUCUGAGGAGAUAUUCAACUAAAUCCACCUCCACAUUGAUUUUUGGUGUUUUUACCAGUUAGUUUAGAAAUUAGUAAUCUGAUACUCCCCAGCAAAAAGUAAAAGAAUAGUGUGCAUAUUGUUUCUGAACUUCAAAACAUUUUCACAAAUGUCAUUGAUUGCAUCUGCCUACUACAAGUAUUGCAGCAACAACUUUUGCCUGUGUAGUGUGUCUGGGUCACUGUAAGCCACCUACAUCCAUCCCUGGUGGAUCACACUGGCACUGCAGGUUUUUUGUCUCAGGUUGGCUGGCUGUCUUAGCAAAUAUAUAAGAUACAUUUUCUACUCUUAAAGGUACACUGCACAUUACUAUGUAGAGUAUCUUAAAGUGAAACACAUGUAGAUAGAUUUUGCAGUUUGUGCACCUGCAUGGCUGGGCUAUCCAAUAGAACUUCCCAAUUUUUAUUUUGCUAAGAUUAAAGCCAAUUAUAUAUUAAAACCUAAAUUUAUCAUGGUCAUCCAAGUAAUACUGCAUUUGAUUAUGAAUUGGUGUUGAAGUGACAUGAAACUCGUUUGUAAAAUUAUCUGAAGACUUGCCAUUAAGUCAGAAGCACCACUCUAGGUAACAUGUAUCAGAUCCAGCAGUGGCCCAUAACACACUCAGUAAAAAAGAGAGGAUGUGUUGUCCUCAUGCAAUGUAUAUCCCUCGCUGCAUUUGUGGGCAUGAGGCAGGUAUAUUGCAAUAAUGUAAUAAUGAUUUUCAAUUGACUAAAACUCACUGGGGAGGGGGUGGUUGCCAGUAGGUGGGAGAAGUGGUGUGGUGUUACCAAUCAUGCUGACUGCUCUGUUUUAUUCUGCAUUCUGUAUAAAAUAAAUAAUGUAGCUAUUUGUACUUUUUGUCAUGUUAUUUAUUUGCUUAUUAUUGUUGAUUUAUAUUUUACUGCCCAUUUCUAAUCUAAUGCACAAAAAAAAGUUUGAAGCUCUAUCUGAGCUGUAGACUCAUAUAGUUCUGUACAGUUCAUUGUUCACUAUAAAUGUGGUCAUCACUAAAUCAUGGAAAAAAAUGUUCUCUGUAAUUUUCACAGUUUGCAGUUGACCAUCUGUACAUACAUGUUUAGUGCUCCCAUGUUUGGAGACAGAAGCAAAGCAUGCUUGGUGAUGUGCAAGGAAGAUUUGAGUGAUUUUCAUAAUCACUCAGUGACUUUCACUCACUUUUACUUCACUGAUUUUGGACAGUGAAGUCUCUGAGACUCAGUAAGACGUAUAUAAUCUUGUUUAAAGGACAGUAGCAACUUCAUUCUGUAUCUAGCAUAACUUUUCAGAUGUAAAAAGUAUGAUACAUCCAUGUAGUAUCAUGAACAUAUGACAUCUUUUUCAGAAAGUAAAGUUACAAGAUUUCUUGCUUGACUUGCUAUCUUGUAUCCCUGAAAGAGUCUGAUUUCAGGUAACUCAGAUGUAGUAAGUUUUAAUUUGUUCUGUUUAAUAUUUAGUAUUCUAGAUUGGCCUAGCCUUUAUAACCUUUUAGUGUAUUACGGUAUUGCAUUUAUGAAAACUAUUGAAGAUGAGGUCUUGUUAUGUCAAAAUUAUGAUGGACACACACCACAUGAAUGAUACGUACUUCCUUUCUUCUAAGUCUUGUAUUCCCACUCACUAAUUACCAAUGAGAAUAAAGACAAAUACAAGCAGUAGGUGUAUAAUAAGUUUCAGUCAGAAUCAAUCAUAGCUAUUCAUUUGAAUGUAAAUUUAUUUGCCUUUUAAUUGCUGACUUUGCAUGAAGUCAAAAAUAUGUAUAUAAAUGUCAAAAAUAAAUCAAUCCGGAUGAUGCUGAUAGUGAUGUAACAGUUAGCAAAGAAAUUUUCAAAUGUAAUUGUAGAGAAUCUUUUAGCAUAUAUUAGUACUUCAUGAUAUCAAGGAAUAACAGUUCUUUGAAAGGCAAGUAUAUUGUGACACAUUAGGCAGUGCUUAAGUACAUACUACAGCAACUUUCAUAUUGUGUUUAAAUGUGCAUUUUAUUUUUGUCUUUCCUCUGAGUUGCAGCUUGGUCAUCAUGUUUAUGCCAUACUUGGUCUUAUUAAUGGUGGUGACCACUUAGAUUGAAUAGUAUUCCCCUGUAUUAUAAUAUAGUAAUGUUCUUUACAUUAGUAGAGGUUGCUAACAGUUUUAGAUGACAUGUAUCUCCAUAAGAUGCUACAUGCAUAUAUGAAUGAUUGUCAUAGUCAUAUCCUAAGUUCUUAUUGAUACCUGGAGCAUAUGCAUACUUCAUUAUAAUGUGACAUGAUAUUGUACAUAGUUACAUGCAAGUAUGUGAUCAUUAAUCUUUGAAAAUGAUAAUCAGUGCUACAGUGAUUGUUGUUCAUUGCUACAGGGUUGGCUAAGUAUUUGUAAUGGUAGGAUUUGUUGGUUCAUAGGAAGGACUCAGAAGAAGUCCCUUUUUUCCUUACAUCAAACGGUUGUGCCUUUCUGGGAACUAGUGUGUGUGUGUGUGUGUGUGAGUGUGUGUGUGUGUGUGUGUGUAAAUAUAUGUGUGCAUGUCUUGCCUUGUUUGUAUACAUGCAUGUCAUUAUUUUUUAUUCUUGUUUGUAUUUCAUUGAAAGCAAUAUUUAGAUUAUUUUUUCAUUUAUUGCAAUACAUUAGUGUACAUGCAGCUCAUAUUCCUCUCUCAGCAUAUAUAAUACAGACAUCAACAUACAUACACAGCCACAUUUUUGUUGCAAUGAAACAACUCAGCACUGACUGGUAAUGGUGAUUGCUUUUGUGGCAAUAUCAAACAACAUCUUAAUUUUACAAAGUACUCAAGGAAAUUACUCCUCCCUCUCUUCCUGUUGCAUCAUUCUAUGCCAGUUUUGAGCUGCUUUAUUAAAUAACUGUGAUGAAAGAUGUAUGAAUAAGAUAAGUUAAAAGAAUAAUAAAGUAAAUUAUAUAUAUGGUGAAACCCAUACUUGUAAAUCUCUGGUCUUUGCUCUUAGUUUGCAAGUAUAGUUCCCAAGCUUCAUUAACUUUAGAAAAGAAAUCUUACAACAUCAGUCAGAAGCAUGUAAUCUAGCCCACAACUUAAUAAAGAUCUAAGAGAUUUUAUAGAUAGAGCCAGUGGAGUGAUGAAUUACCUUACAAUAUCAGACAGAAUCACAUGAUCUAAGUCAUAAUAGGAAAAUUAAGUUGACAGUAUUAUAGAUAAAAUCAAGGAGUAAAUGAUUUGUAGAGCAGCCAGUCAGACUACGGUUUGUCUCAGCAGUCUUAAAUGAAGGCAGAGAGGGAGCAUAUGACAAACAUCAUGAAAAGUAGCCAGGUGUUGGCUUUUUGUUUACAGCAUUGUGAUAUAUGCAUUUGCAGCUUCUAGAUUACGAGUAUGCUGUAUUUGAAAAAUGAAAAUGUAUGUUAUGUAUAUGAAUGCAAUAAGGGACAUGAGUUAUGUACCUUAGCCCUGCUGCUCUUAUUGUGAUGCCUGCCACCACUGUCACAACACCUCAUGACACAGUCAACCACUUACCAAUAUUGAUAAGGAAUACCUAUUAAGUUUCUCUCUCUCUCUCUCUCUCUCUCUCUCUCUCUCUCUCUCUCUCUCUCUCUCUCUCUCUCUCUCUCUCUCUCUCUCUCUCUCUCUCUCUCUCUCUCUCUCUCUCUCUCUCUCUCUCUCUCUCUCUCUCUCAACUUCGAAUUUAUAACUAAGAUUAUAUAAACAAUCUUAGAAAAGUGAGCUAAAAGAUAGAACAUCCUAAAUAAAUAUUAUGGAACUGAUUUUGAUUGGAAGAAGCAUCUGGUGAGCAGAAGGGCUUAUGAUGCAGUUAAGCGAUGGCUGUUGGAGUUACAUUUUUUUAAUAUUUUACAAGGUUGAGUGUAUUAGAUGUUGACAGAAUUAACUUCAGAAUAACUUUAGCACAAAUUUACCUUAAAUCAAGAUCACAGUUUAUUGAGGCCAUUGGUUGCAUCCAUGACUAAUAUUUCAUCCACUGUGAGCAUUAAUAAUCAUAUCACUAUUAAAUAAGAUAGCUUAUUGUAGAAUUGCUCCUAAUUACUGCUGGCCCAUCAUAACAAAUACUGAGUUAUCUUACUUGAGUGACAACAGUGUCUCCUUUCAAUUGAUCUUAAUUACUGUAGUAUCAGUGCAUAGUAAUUAGUAAGCAUAAGAGGCUAAUUACUGUAGAAUAUUUGAAGGACAGAAGACAUAAGUUCUAGCAACCAGUGGUUGUGCUGGUGCUGCAAUCCCUUUAUGCUUAGUAGUGGGUGCUCAUGAAAUAGUAGUCAAUAUAGAUUCAUUCAUUUAUUACUCACAUUUGUGUGUUUGUAUAAUAUUGAGAGUGAAUGGUCUCUGUAAAGGCUCCUGAAGAACUCUCUCCAGUACUUAUGUUGUCAAUGGCUUCCUUUUCUCCUUGUAGAAUGAUAUGCCUCAGGUUUUCUGCUUCUUUUAAAGCAUGAGCAUAAAGAUAGCAACCUUAUUUGUGCUGCUUCUCUGGAGUGGUGAUGGUCAAACAUGCCAUGCAGGAGGCCUUAAGGGCAUGGUAUUGAGAGUCUUAUGCUCCAGAGGUCCAAAGAUGUUGUUUAAGGUUGAAUACUUAUUAAUCUGUAGUUUCUUCUGGCAGUAGUGUGUACGAGUAAUGACCUAGGAACUGAUGUGAAUGUGCAUUUGUAUAACUGUUCUCUUUUUAUUGAUACACAAACAGGUGCUUGAAUAAGUGAGAAAAUAUGGGUAUGUAUUAUGCUUUCUGAUCACUGGCACUGUGCAAGACUGUGUACCUAUAGAAUGUGGUAAUGGCUGUUGUGUGUGUGUGUGUGUGUGUGUGUGUGGUAGGAACUGUUAUUUAGUGACGUACUUGUCUAUUUUUAUAUCUUUUAUGCUGUAUGGUAUCCUGUGUAAUGUUGGAUGGAUACUGAAGACUUGUGAUUGAAGCAGUAAGUCCUUUUAUGCAGGAUCUGUUUUUAUGCAGCCAUUUCAAGAAUUUGUGUUUGGAAGAUAAUGUUGAGCCUUCAUCAUUGUUGUUAUUGUAAUUAUUAUUAUUAUUAUUAUUAUUAUUAUUAUUAUUAUUAUUAUUAUUAUUAUUAUUAUUAUUAUUUGCAAUUUUUCUCUUGUAUUUUGAAGUUGUUAGGAACAUGAAGACUUGUGUUAUUGAAACAUUGCCCAUAAAAAUUGUCAUGGUGCUUAGUGGUUUGGCUUCUAGGUUAGAGGACAGGUGCUGUGUGUGUGUGUGUGUGUGUGUGUGUGUAUGUGUGCAAGAAACAGAGGUAAGGAUGAGCAGUGACCAGUCAUCUUAGAGGCACAAAAGGUGUCUUAAAAAUAAAGUAACAGGCUUUUUUUUUUUUUCUGUGUGUGUGUGUGUAGGUUGCAACAGUUAUGUCUCCAGUGGUGCAGUUGGUGGCGGAUUUUGUUUGUUUUACCUGAUGAAUUUCCAAUAGCUGGCUGGUAACAGCUGAAAAGGUUUAGUUGAACAUAAUUUUUCAGUUUUGUAUUUUAUCAGUUUCAUAAAGUUUCAUAAAGCUUUAUAGGAAAUAUGUUCAUUGUUAUGAUCAAGGUAAUUAUAAUUAUAUACUAUUUUUAUUUAUUGUUUAUUUGUUGAGUGCUAGGCACAUUCUGGUAAUCACAAAGCGUCCUCAAGAACACUGCAUCAGUGUCACGGAUCUCAUCACGUAGGGGUAUUUAUUGCAGCAUUAAAUGCCAAGAGUCUGAGGCUGCUGCAGAGUCUUGGAUGACCAUUUCAUUUUGUUAUAAAUCAAGAUGUGUGUGUGUUGAGGCAGAGUCUCCUGCUCAUCCUUGAGGAAUGCGUGCGUUAAUGACAAUACGAGAGCCUUUGCGUGCGUUGAGUGCGGUGUGAGGUGCUGCCAGCUGAGCGGCGCGAGGCAGAGGGUCUCUACAUUUCAUGGAAUAGGUGACUCAGCCAUGGAUAUGAUUAUCUUUGCCAUUAAUAUUGUUAUAUGUGAAUAUACCAUUGUUAUAAUUUCAUGUACAUGCCAAUAAAAAUAUAUGCCUA